CGACCGAUGUCACCGCAGAGCGCGCCGGCUUUCACCGUGGACUGUUUGACUACGCUCCAUGAAACAUUGACAUUCGGCUCAGUGACUUCUCGCGACUAUCAUCGCGGGACCAUCCCCCCAUAGACGCUCUCUGACAGCAACGCUGAGGCGGUAACCGCGAGCGCAGGCAACGAACGACCACGUCGGAACAUAGCAGUACACAUCCACAGCCAUGAAUCCACACAUCUCGCUCCCCAGACCGACGGGUGGCCCCUCAAAUUUCGGCAGCACACCAUCCUCCCGAAGAAAUGAGCUCCGAAUGCCGCGCUUCUUCAAGCGCCUGUUCAAGUUCCCGCAGAUGGACUUCGAAAUGGCAAUAUGGGAGAUGAUGUCUUUGAUGAUUGCGCCCAAGAAAGUCUUCAGGUCAAUAUACUAUCACAAACAAACCUCAAAAACCUACCACCGCCCGGACCCCUCCUUCACCUACCUCCUCUCCGCCUUCCAGCUCCUCACCUCGCUCGCCUGGGGCUUCGCGUACGCCUCUUCGGCCCCUUCCGUCCUCAAAAUCACCCUUGUUUUCAUCUUCGUGCACUUCCUCCUCUCCUCGCUCGUCAUCUCCACCAUCAACUUCUUCCUCAUCAAGUAUCUCCUCGGCCCAAACAGUAAGAUACUACCGGGAAAGCGGCGCGGGCUGUACGAUCUGAGCGCAAAUGACGGCGAGGGCAAGGAAGAGCUCGAGUUUGGGUACUGUUGGGAUGUAGCCAUCCGCGCUUUCGUGCCGGUGUGGGUGUUCCUGUAUGUGGUGCAGUUUCUGUGCAUGCCGCUCGUGGGGACGGAUCAUUGGGUCUCCCUCGCACUCUCCAACACACUCUAUCUCGCCGCGCUGAUAUACUACUUCAUAAUCACCUUCUUGGGCUACAACGCGCUGCCCUUCCUGCACCACACCGAGCUACUCCUCGCCCCCAUCGCCAUAACUAUCAUCCUCUGGUUCGUCAGCCUCUUUGGUCUGAACCUGAGCAAGCACCUUGCACCCAUUUUCCUUUCGGGCGUGGCGUUGCGGAAAUAAGGAUAAGAACGAGCAGGUAAGAAGCGCAGGGAUGCGUUCGUGUAUGAUCAAUGUCUGUAAAUAUGUGAUUGGGUUGGACUAGCAUGGCGCAUGACAUCGCUCAGGUUUGCGUAGGUUGCUUUUGCGAUGGACGCAUUUUCACGGCGAACUAGCGAGCGCGCAUUAUCAUUAAUGUUGAUACAUGUUUACAUUACAAGGUGUGUGUGUACACAGGAUCCACUGCG